AUGUCUUUCUCUCUUUCAGUCGGCGCUACCGAGGGCCUCAAGGAGGAAAUGCCUCCUCCCGCCUCGAACGAAACCAAGGCUCAGGCCACAGCGACAUCCGCCACUCAUGCCGCCGGCCAGGACGCUGGCGCCGCCGCCGGCGCACCUCCAAAGGUGAAGACUGAGAAGGAGUUGGAGAAAGAGCGCAAGAAGGCCGAGAAGGCCGCAAAGUUUGCACAAAAGCAGGCCGCCCAGGCUGCGAAGGCUGCCGCCGCCCCUGCGUCUAAGAACAAGGAGAAGAAGGCCAAGGCUGAGAAGAAGGAGGAGGAGGCUAUCCCCGAAUACGUCGAAGAUACCCCGAAGGGAGAGAAGAAGCGCCUCAAGUCCCUCGAGGACCCUCACUUCAAGGCCUACCACCCCGAGGCCGUUGAGAGCGCCUGGUAUGACUGGUGGGAGAAGGAAGGCUUUUUCAAGCCUGAGUUCACCGCCGAGGGCAAGGUCAAGCCCGCUGGCAAAUUUGUUGUCGCUCACCCCCCACCGAACGUGACUGGUGCUCUGCAUCUUGGUCACGCCCUUGGUGAUUCUCUCCAGGAUAUCAUGAUUCGGUGGAACCGCAUGUUGGGCAAGACAACCUUGUGGAUCCCUGGUUGCGAUCACGCCGGUAUCUCUACGCAGAGCGUUGUCGAGAACAUGCUCUGGAGAAGAGAAGGAAAGACCCGCCACGACUUGGGCCGUGAGGACUUUAUCAAGAAGGUCUGGGCCUGGAAGGGUGAGUAUCACGACAAGAUCAACGCUGCUCUCCGAAAGAUGGGAGGAAGCUUCGACUGGAGCCGUGAGGCCUUCACCAUGGACGCGAACCUGUCCGCUGCCGUUGCCGAGACCUUCGUCAGACUCUUCGAGGAGGGUACCAUCUACCGCGCCAACAGACUUGUGAACUGGUCUUCUCGUCUUACCACUGCCUUGUCAAACCUCGAGGUCGUUAACAAGGAUUUGACUGGCAGGACACUCCUUGAAGUUCCCGGCUACGACAAGAAGAUCGAGUUUGGUGUCAUCAUUCACUUCAAGUAUCCCAUUGAGGGCUCCGAUGAGACCAUUGAGGUUGCCACCACCCGUAUCGAGACUAUGCUUGGUGACUCUGGUAUCGCAGUCCACCCCGAGGAUCCCCGAUACACCCACCUUGUUGGCAAGAAGGCUAGACACCCCAUUAUUGAGGGUCGUCUGCUGCCCAUUGUUGCCGACACCUACGUCGACAGAGAGUUCGGUACUGGUGCCGUCAAGCUGACCCCCGCUCACGACCCUAACGAUUUUAACCUCGGCCAAAAGCACGGCCUGGAGUUCAUCAACAUCCUCACCGACGAUGGAAACAUCAACGAGAACGGUGGCAAGUACCAGGGCCAGAAGAGAUUCGAUGUCCGUUACGCCAUCCAGGAUGAGCUCAAACAGCUCGGUCUCUACGUUGACAAGAAGGACAACGCCAUGACCAUUCCCCUGUGCGAACGGUCCAAGGAUAUUAUCGAGCCUCUUCUGAAGCCCCAGUGGUACAUGAGCAUGCGCAGCAUGGCUGAUGACGCCGUUGCUGCCGUCAAGGAUGGCAGAAUCAAGAUCCGUCCCGAGUCGUCUGAGCGCAGCUUCUACGCCUGGAUGUCGAAUAUCAAUGAUUGGUGCAUCUCUCGUCAGCUCUGGUGGGGCCACCGCUGCCCCGUCUAUCUGGCCAAGGUUGAGGGUGAGAAGACCGAUUCCCUGGACAGCAAGCGAUGGUUUGCCGGCAAGACCCGCGAGGAAGCCGAGGCCAAGGCCAAGGCUGCCCUCCCCGGCAAGACCUUCACCCUUGAGCAGGACGAAGACGUUCUGGAUACCUGGUUCUCCUCCGGUCUCUGGCCUUUCUCCACUCUGGGCUGGCCUACGAAGACUCAAGAUCUGGAGGAGCUUUACCCCACCUCCGUUCUUGAGACCGGUUGGGAUAUUCUUUUCUUCUGGAUUGCCAGAAUGGUCAUGCUUGGUAUCAAGCUUACCGGCCAGGUCCCGUUCACCGAGGUGUACUGCCACAGUCUCGUCCGUGACUCUGAAGGUCGCAAAAUGAGUAAGAGUUUGGGUAACGUUAUCGACCCCUUGGAUGCCAUUUCGGGUAUCUCUCUGCCUGACCUCCACGCCAAGCUCCGCGUCGGCAACCUUCACCCAAGUGAAGUUCAGAAGGCCGAGAAGUACCAGAAGUCGGCCUUCCCUGACGGUCUGCCCCGCAACGGUGCCGACAGUCUGCGUUUCACCAUGGCUGCCCUUACGUCUACGAGCGGUGAUGUCAACUUUGAUGUCAAGGUCAUGACUGGCUGGAGAAAGUUCUGCAACAAGAUUUGGCAGGCGUCCAAGUACGUUCUCGGAAAGCUCCCCGAGGACUUCGUUCCUCUCAAGGAGCCUGCCGUCGGUAAGACGCUCGCCGAGCGCUGGAUCCUCCACAAGCUCAACAGCGCUGCCAAGGACAUCAACACCGCCCUCGGCGAGCGUGAGUUCCAGCAUGCCACCGGUAUUGUCUACCAGUACAUCCUGAACCACCUUUGUGACGUCUACAUUGAAAACAGCAAGACCAUCAUCCAGGACGGUACCGAGGAGGAGAGAAACAGCGCUAUCCAGACCCUGUACACCGCCAUCGAGGGUGCGCUCACCAUGAUCCACCCCUUCACCCCCUACCUCACUGAGGAGCUGUGGCAGCGCCUGCCCCGCCGCCCCGACGACAAGACCAAGUCUAUCAUGAUCGCCAGCUACCCCGUCUACAACGCCAAGUUCGACGACCCCAAGUCCGAGGCCGCUUACGAGCUUGUUCUGGGAUGCUCUCGCGGCUCGAGAUCGCUCAUGAGCGAGUACGCCCAGAAGGAAGAGUCCAGAAUCAUCAUCCAGGCUCACGACGCCACGUCGAAGACCACCAUUGAGGAGCAGGUCGCUUCCAUCAAGUCUCUCAGCGGCAAGGGUGUCACUGGCAUUGACAUUCUCGGUCCCGACGCCGCCCGCCCUGCCGGCUGCGUCGCCUUCCCCGUUGCGUCGUCCGCCUCUGUCUACCUCCACGUCAAGGGUCGCGUCGACCUCGACGCCGAGAUUGAGAAGGCCCAGAAGAAGCUCGACAAGGCCCGCUCCAACAUUGAAAAGCAGCGCAAGGUGCUCGAGGACCCCAUCUACCAGGAGAAGGUCGCCGAGGCCGUCCAAAAGGUUGAUAAGCAGAAGCUCGUUGACCUCGAGUCUGAGGUCAGAGGUUUCGAGGGAACGAUCAAGCAGUUUGAGCAGCUCAAGCUGGAGUAG